AUGUCUGACCUGCCUCCCGAUCUGCCCGCCCACCAACAGCUCCAGCCGAUCAGCUACGACCCAUCUGGCACGGAAACCCGCAAACGGGCAUCAGUCGAGCCUGCCGACCCCUCUUCAUCAAACUCAAACCCAGUCAUCGACGGCCCAGAGAAGAGGCAGAGGCUGGAUGAGAACCGAAGAGAUUCACUGCCGACGGGCAUGGCCAUCGAUCAACUCCCGCCAUCAGCUCACCAGAGACCUCUCGCGAACUCUGAUCGGUCGCCUCAAGCGGAUCCCAUCGUCUCCAAUGACGCGAUCCAACCCCAGUCCUCACAACAACCCCCUGGCACCGAUCAAGAUCAGUCCUCAGCCAGCAAGGACCAGUCCGGAAAGAGCGCGCCCCCCUUCGAUCAACGAAAACGACAGGAGGAACAGGCCAAGCAGUAUCUGCUCGCCCAAACCCAGGCCAUCAUCAUCCCUUCCUAUGCGGCCUGGUUCGAUCUCACCAAGAUUCACCCCCUGGAGAAGAAGUCUUUGCCGGAAUUUUUCAAUGGACGAAACCGCUCCAAGGUGCCCUCGAUCUACAAGGACUAUCGCGACUUUAUCGUCAACAGCUAUCGUCUCAACCCUUCCGAAUACUUGACGGUGACCGCCUGCAGGCGAAACCUAGCUGGUGAUGUGUGCGCGAUCAUGAGAGUGCAUGCCUUCUUGGAACAGUGGGGGAUCAUUAACUAUCAGGUUGACCUGGAUACCCGUCCGGCUCCAGUCGGCCCACCCUUUACUGGUCAUUUCCGUGUCCUUCUUGACACUCCCAGGGGGUUCAUGCCGCUCCACUCAGGCACCGUUUCGCGUAAAACACCUGCCUCCCUCUCAGCUCCUGCCGCUCCCUCCGUCCCGGCCCCGCCUUCAGCUCCGGGCUCUGCUGCUCCUUCGCAACAGCAAGGCGCGCCUCUCAACAUCGAUUUACGUAAGGACAUCUACGCAAACACCUCAGAAUCCGGGCCACAGGUGAUUCGAUGUGAUGUUUGUGGGACGGACUGUAGUAAGGUUUCUUAUCACCAUACCCGGCUCAGGAACUACGAUAUCUGUCCAAACUGCUACCAGGAAGGACGCUUUGGCAGUCAGAUGAACUCGGCAGAAUUCAUCAAACUUGACCGUCCAAUCGGCAUGCCAGUUGACUCGAAAUGGACCGAUCAAGAGCUCCUCCUCCUCCUCGAAGGACUCGAGAUGCAUUCUGAUGACUGGGAGAAAAUCGCACAACAUGUGGGUGGAACGAAGACGAAGGAAGAAUGUAUCCUCCAAUUCUUACGGAUGCCGAUCGAGGAUGAAUUUUUACGAGGCUCGAACGCCGAGCUCAAUACGAGCUCGAUUCUUGGAUUAGGAAAGAUUCCGUUGAGUGGAGCCGAAAACCCAGUGCUAUCGGUGCUAUCGUUCUUGGUCGGAUUAGUCGAGCCCGAACUGGUGGCAGAGAUGGCGGGGAAGUCGGUAGAUAAGAUCAAACAAGAUCUGCGAUCGCAAGUCUUGGCGAUCCAAGAGGACAGUGCACGUAAAUCGAGCGAAUCACAGAAGAUGGCGGGUGAAGAGACAGGUGUCGGGUCGGAUCUGAGGAUGGAUGUUGGUGAAACGAAAGCCAAUCCGAUUGAAGAAUCGACCCAUCAAAAUCAAUCCAUGGAGAUCGACGAAGCGAGUCCGGCUGAGCAAGCACCCAAACGGACGGCGGUAGACAUUGCGGCAGCAGCGAUAGCAUCGGCAUCAGCCAAAGCUCUCGUCCUAGGAUCGGAGGAUGAGGUGGAGCUGGGCAAGUUGAUGGAGACGGUGACGGAGCAGACGAUCAAGAAGCUCGAGCUGAAGCUUAAACAGUUCGAACGGCUCGAGUCGGCCGUUGAGGUCGAACGUCGGAACCUCGAACAGUGGCGCCAAAACUUGAGCAUCGAACGCCAGGCCGUCGUCAAGGAGAUUGCCGAAUUCAAGAAGAUGAAGGCCGGAGCUGAGAAUAAUUUGGAGGCCGCUCUCGAUCAACGCAACGGUUUGAUGGGCCUUCCGAUCCAAGCUGUACCCGUCCCUCCUAACGAAACUAAUGGGGAACUUGGAUUCGGAGAACCGGGUCAGGGAACUCUAAAUAUGAGAUGA